GUUAGCGGUCUGACGUUUUUAGCAUUAGCAUCGAUCGACGUGAUUUUAACAACUAAAUAAUCUGUUCACGUCAGUAUAAUUACAAUGAAACUCAAACAUGUCUCUUAAUUUAUGAGAAAUAGCAUAAAUGAUUUAAUUAAAUGUGUAAGCUUAAUGUUUUAUGAUUGACCAUGUUGAAGUAUUACACACUUUUUGGCUUGCUUGCCGACAGUUGUCGUCAUCAGGGUCCUAAAGCCUCCUGCAGUCCCACAGCCAGUAAACGGCAACCACCGAGUCUUACAGAAAAACUUUCCUAUUCUAAGGCAUCAUCGGCCAGCAAUCGAUGCACUGAUUUCGGAGUAACUAUGGCUUCUCCCCAGUCAGACAGCCUGCCUCCUGCAGAGCAGCGCACCUCACCAAAACAGGAGGAGGAGAGCCAACAAGAGGAAGAGGUGGCGAAGGAUCAGCCUGGUAAACGCAGCAAGGGAAGGCCUCUGAAAGGCAAGCCCCUCUUCAAAUGCUCCGUCUGCUCAGAGACUUUUAAGACUUUGUCCGCUGAGCAGAGCCACAAGCUGUCUGUACAUGCAAAGCAGCAACACGCAUGUUCCGAGUGCACCAAAACAUUUACUACCAAAGCUCAGCUCUCAAAACACGAGCGCAUCCACUCAUCUCAGCGCCCCUUUCAGUGUCCAAAUUGUAACAAGGCUUACAAGACGUCCACAGAGCUACGGAACCACAGCCGCUCUCACACUGGCGAGAAGCCCUUUGUGUGCACAGAAUGUGGCAAGGCUUUCAUGCAGGCUGUAUGUCUGAGGAUCCAUAUGACGCAGCAUAAUGGGGAACGCCCCUACUCGUGCAGAUGCUCCAAAAGCUAUCCCACUCUGUCCAAACUGAAGGUGCAUGAGCGCUCUCACACUGGAGAGAAGCCGUACUUCUGUGCUGAAUGCGGUAAGAGUUUUGCAGAUCCGUCUGUGUUCCGGAAACAUAAAAGAAACCACCAGGGCCAUCGGCCAUAUGCCUGUGACGUGUGUGGCAAAACGUACACGGAGCUGAAGGACCUGAAGAACCACGGGCGCUCGCACACGGGAGAAAAGCCGUUCCUGUGCUCGGACUGCGGUAAAGCCUUCUCCCGCUCCUCCUCCCUGGCCUGCCAUCAGCGCAUCCACUCCCAGAAUAAACCCUAUCAGUGCGAGCAGUGUGGGAAGGGCUUCACUCAGCUGUCUUCCUACCAGUCUCACCUCCGAACCCACUCUGGUGAGAAGCCCUUCCUCUGCCCACAGUGUGGCAAGAUGUUCUCCGACCCCUCCAGUUUCCGGCGGCAUCAGCGAGCCCAUUUGGGGUUUAAACCCUAUCCCUGCGACAAAUGUUCCAAGAGGUUCCGGCAGCCGGCCGAUCUUGCUGUGCACGAACGUGUUCACUCUGGGGAGAGGCCUUACAAGUGUCAGAGCUGCGACAAGGCCUUCGUAGCUUCCUGGGACCUACGCCGCCACAUGCUUGUCCACACAGGCCUCAGGCCCUUCUCGUGCACGGAGUGCGACAAAUCGUUCACUGAGCGUUCCAGCCUCAACAAGCACAGACGCGUGCACUCUGGGGAGAGGCCUUUCAAAUGUGAGGAGUGUUUGAAGUCGUUUGUGGUGUCUUCAAGUCUGCGUAAACACGAGAGAACCCACCUAGCUGAACAGGCUGAGCAGCAGCAACAGGAGGAAGCUGAUGCUGCCUCCACCUCCAGCUUCACUGCCCCCACAACUCUUCCUCAGUUCUCCUGUAAUCACUGUGAUGCUACGUUUGGCACCUGGGAGGAAUUUCAGGCUCAUGAAAAUGAUCACUCCAUUGACUCCACUCCUUCUUCCGUUACCAAGAUUGUUCCACUGGGCUCACAUGUCUGUGAGACCUGCCAUGCUGAGUUUACACAGGUGGGGGACUUGCUGGAACACGAGAAGGAGCAUCCAAAGCCGAGGCCGCACAUCUGCAGCAGCUGUGGAAAAGGCUUCCUUAAUAAAUCCGGACUUCGCAAACACCAGAAGAUCCACUCCAACAGCAAACCUCACAGCUGCCAUCUCUGUGGCAAAGCCUUUCUGUUUGCUGCCUACCUCCGGAAGCACUUAAAGAUACACGGAGCACUUGCCACGAAGACCAGCGAUCUUAAAAUUAUUCAGACAGACCUGCUCCCUUCUCCUCCUCCCUCCAGUGAGUUCUCUGCCUCCACAGUUGAACCCAGCGCCAUCACUCUGACAGUCCCCGUCGGUGUACCAGUGACUCCCUUUCACGCUCUAAGUAUUUAGUCAAAGCAGAAGGACUUUAAGUUUUCUACACCACAUUUGUCAUUUUAAUCCCACAACCACUAAAGAAAAACCAUGACCAUAAAUCAUUUGUGAGUUCUGAGAAAAACAUUUUAACAUAAAAGAACCUUCAGAUACUGAUUAUGAUGUAAAUUGUCUGCUUUAUCAUCGUCAUUCUGUGACAAAUGUUCCAUAAAUCUGUAUUUUAAAACUUUUACUGUAUAACUGUACCUACAUGAAAUUGUCUUAUUUGUUGUGAGCUCUCUGAAGAAUAAUGUUGUAAACUCAGCCAAUAAGGAAAAGCUUUUCCUUUCCUUUUAUAAGACCAAGUUCACUGCAAAACUGUUUUUUACUUGUUAAUUUUGAAAUACGAUCGGCCACUCGUGAGUUUAAAAUGCAGGCGAGAUGUGAAAAUAAUCUUCUACUCCGAUUUUCUGCGUUAGCUGCAGACAGAAACUAGACAGGGAAACACUUGGUUUAGGAAAUCCACUCAGAUCUACGUCACACUGAAAACUAGCAUUUGUUGACUUGCAGCAGGGAGGGCUGUUGUUGAAUUUAGCAUCCAGGAGAGAGCAGAGCAUGACUGGGAUAGGAGAAGCUAACUGUUAGCAUUGGCAACCCCACAACAUGGCAGAACUUAUCUAGGCUUGUGUUAUUUUAGGAGGUAAAACGUCAGCAUUGCAAAGCAAACAGGCAGUGGUAGAGUCGCGUUGCUGUUAGCCAAUCAGAUUAGAUGUCUGAACAUCAGGAAAUAAGACCCCAAAUCCAUCCAUGUUCUGCUCUCUUCUAGCUCCUGAAGCAGGAGCGCUAGAGCCUUUUCCCCCCACAGAGAUGGACUCACAAGGCAUUCAUUUGUAGCCUGGCCUGCCAGACUGCUCCACUGUUUGAUUCUGCACAGAGAAAAGGUCUGGGAACUCUCCUGUUCAAAUAACCCCACCCCGUGAGAAUUGUAACUGAGCCAAUCAGUGCUGAGUAGCGUACAUCACACACCCGAACGCCGAGUUUGUCAUCAACAUGGCGACUGAAGUGGGGUUCGCUGUGGCUCUUUCCUCUGUUCUAAAUGACUUGAAUGUCUUUAAAACCAACAACAAGUAGAAUCACUAAAAGCCUUUCUUCUAAAAAAAUAAGAUGUUUGUGUCGUUGCCAGACGUGGUACAGGCGGCAUUUCCGUCUUUUGGGAUUGGUUAUUUUUGAGCUGCCUAGUCCCGCCCCUCAUGUGCCUCUCUGCCUGUGAGUUACCAGACUCAUUCUGUGCAGAAUUAAACAGAGGACGAGUCUUGGCAGGCCAGGCUUUUUCAUUUAUUCUAGAGACCACUGCAAAUGUGUUGGAAAAAUCUAGUGAACUUGGUCUUUAAUAAUUUAGCUUUUUUUUUUUUUGAUUUUAUUUUUGGGAACAGAUCAUUUCAAAGCACUUCACUGUAUGUUUAGUAUGAUUAUCAAAGAAGUUGUGAUUUCAGACAAAGUUUGACAUUCUUAACUGCAACAUUAUUUUAUAUCAGUAAAAUAUUAAAAUGGUUUAGAGUUAUGUCUUUUGUUUUAUCAAAAUAUUGUUAAAUAUUUGUCUUUUUAUAAUAAUUUACAAAAUAAAGAAGACAAACCAAAAACACUACAAAUGACAGACUGAUUUGCAUAAGGACAACAUGCUGGAUUGAGUUUUUUUAAACGUUUCUUCACCAGGUUUUUCAUGGAUUAAUUGAUCUUCAAGUUGUGCAUCUUAAGAGAAAACUAUCAAUAAAGGAAGGUUUUCAUAUCA